CAGAAAAUAACUGACCAGAAAGAUUUGAAUAAUAAGAUAGAGCUUACCAGAUCUUUGAAGAAGCUCAGGGACCAACAGACUAUCUCGUCGGGUUUAUAUGAAAUGAUUAAACCAGUGGGGAUUUAUCUGCCGAGAUUGUAUGGAUUGCCAAAGGUGUACAAACCGGGGAUCCCAUUAAGACCUAUUCUAAAUACGUACAACUCUUCUUACCAUACUAUAGCUAAAUGGUUGGUAACUGUAUUGAAACCUCUACACGAAAAGCUUGUAAAAUACAGUGUUAAUGAUGUGUUCCAAUUUGUUAAUAAAAUCAAAAAUGCAAAUACUUUGGGACUAUAGAUGACGUCAUUGGAUGUAACAUCGUUAUUCACAAACGUCCCACUCAUAGAGACUGUGGAAUAUAUAGGUGAACAGUUGAUUGAAAAUGAAAUUGAAACUACUGUUUCUAUUAAUGUCGUGAAAGAGUUAUUACUCAAGUGCACUAUGAAUGUGAACUUCAAGUUCAAUGGUGAAAUAUUUACACAAACAGAUGGUGUUGCAAUGGGUUCACCACUAGACCCUAUACUAGUUGAUAUUUUUCUAGCCAAACAAGAAAAUGUUCCACUAAAAAGAUUAUUCAAAGCUUCACAUUUUACUGUAGAUACAUGGAUGACACGUUCAUCCUCUGUGUUAUAAUCUCUUUCUUCUUACG